AUGACUGGUUUCUCGGCCGGAACCCUUAUGUACAGGAACAUGUUGGCCACCGGCGAAUUUGCCGCAGCGAUUGUACGUCUUCCACUCGUUCUCCGGCUCCCUCUGCAGCACGUCCAAGAUUAUCCGACUUUUGUUCCCCGGAGCUACUCCUCAAUCCCGUCCCACCCGAUUCGGAACCGCAAGAGCGCAGAGGCGUUGGCCGGAUUGUACUUGAAGUACAACCACCCGUCGUCUUCUUAG